AUGGGCUUCAUGACCUUGCUAGCCAGAAAAAUCAACUCUGACAAGAAUCAACCGCAACUACGGGCUCCGACAUAUGAGCGGAAUGUUUCAUCAAAGUCUCCCGUUCGAUAUGUGCGGACCGUGUCUCCCAAUGUCAGCUCGUCAAAUCUCAAUGGCAACCAUGCAGCCUCUAGCCCAGGUUCAAGAGACAUGAGGCCGCGUCAAUAUCCUUCAUCGCCGCUCUCCCAGACAUCGUUCUCCGUGGAUCGUGCAGCACCUGCUUCCGUUGUUUUGGGCUCCCGAAGCGACGAUAGCCCGAGUCGAACGGCCACGCCCAGGACGACUAUUCCAACACAGGCACGCUCACACAGACCGCAGAGCUCGGUCUCCAGCAGCAAACUUGCAAGAUCAGUAAGAACCGACAACAGCCAGAAAGGUCACGUCGAUCUCCUGGAUGCACAGUCCGAGUUCAAGCCGGCCGAUUUCCACACCCGUGUCAAGGCUGCGGGAACAAGGGACUAUGGCGAGGACGUUGCAGACCGCAACAUCGGUGUCAACGGGUGCGAUCUAGACUCCCAGCCGGUGCAGGCCUUUUAUGCAGUCCGGCCGAAGAGUGCGUAUCGUAUUUCCAUGGUCGAUCGGCGCCGCCCUUUCUCUUCUUGGAAUCGCUCGGCCAAGUUCAACGAAAGCGACGAAGACAGUGCCCAUGAGCCACAUAUCACGAAGCGAAGCUCCUUCAACUCAGCACUCUCGUACAAACCCAUAAAUGCUUCGCACCGGGCCGUCCUUGGCCAUGGAAACUCUCCACCUCGGCUGUCUGCUGCGUCUCCGGAAAAGAAUCGCGCCUUGCAACGCCCAUCAUACGCAUCCUCUGGCAGCACGUACAGCACCCCGAGCCUCGCUGAUAUCGAAGCCUCUCUCCAAAGCCAGCGACUACUGAAUGGAAAAGUGAACAGGCGCAGUCGGCCAGCGUCCGCCCGGGACGCAAACGGCCUUGUGUCAGGAUGGGAGAGCGAGCAGGGUGAGGCUGAGGGCGGCCCCAGAUUUGGAGUCAACAACCAGCCAAUUCUCUCGCCACAACCUACGUCGUUUCGACUUUCUGCGUCAUUGGCGAGCUCAGCUUUCACGGCAUCAAACAAGCGCCCGGCAACGGCGCACAACAGCCACUCUGUCCGACGUUCACAGCAGCCAGCCCUUGAGUCUCACAACACCGCGCCAGAUCUGUCCAACCUGCCGCAUCACCUCAAGGAACAGGCGCGGAAUUUCAAGGAGGACUGGCACGAUGACUUGAUCAACCGUGAUUCAGCCCCAUCACCUUUCAUCAAAAGAAGCCGGUCUCCCAGCAUGAACAGAGAAAGUGUUCGCGAGAUAUACUCCCCUGCAAACAGCAACACAACACCUCGGCCACAGUCCCAGUCCGGCGAGCUGGACGACCAAACCCCCCGGACGAACUCGAUCCGCCAUUGGUCCAUGACAUCAACGGCCCCAACAACGUCCAGUUCGAGCUUGGCCACGUACGGGCGCCCGCAGUCGCGCCACACGACGAGCACCUCGAUCGACCUGAGCACUACUGGGCCACCAUCCACCGGCGACGCUGCUGGAAAGGGACAGGGCCAAAACCUCGAUUCGAACCAGAGCCAGCCUCUAGUCGCUCUCCAGUCGCCACUGUUCAACAUUGACGACUACGUCUCGUCUGACGACGACUCGUUCAUUGCCAGCCAGGCCAAACGCAGCGAGGAGGACCUUCUUUUCAGCGGCGGGUAUGGCAAAAUGGGCACCCAGUUGCCUGGUCUCGAGGACGCCUUUGCGGUCCCAGCACCAAUUGCUCUGGUGCGGAGUCCCCGCCUCAUUUCUCUGAAGCAAAAUGAGGACUUCCUCCGUGCAUACGGCGAACCGCAUCAGACGGCCGGCAAGCAUGAUCUGCGGCAAAAGCCGAGCGACGACUCUCUCCACAGCAACCACGGCCAACGCAGGCGCCACUCAUCUGGAGCGUCUGAUACUGGGCUCCGGAAGACCCACUCGCGCGAGGAGUUGAGCCCGGCCGCGAGCCCUGCCAAGCGCGUGGAGACAAAACGUAUGGCUGCAAUCUUGGGCUCGUCUACGACCAACCAUACACACCACGGCAACGGACCUCUCGGAAGCCACAGUCAUAUGUACAACCCUCGCCCAAAUCCCCACCUCGGCCACGGUAACAACGUGGGCGAGCAGGUGAUUGAGGAGGAGCGGUUCGAAAAGGUCGAUGUCGCGACGGCCAUUCGCCUGCGGAAGGAUGCCAAAUCCAAGAAGCGGGCCUCCACGAUAAGCAUAGUCUCGCAGACCGGUGGCCGUGGCCGAGUCAAGGCAAUCAGCAUCGAGAGCCACAAGACGACGGCCAAUGUCCAGGAGGCCAAUGUCAAGGCCGUGCGCCAGAAGGUGGUCCCUGCAACCGCUACCGGGGAGGACUCCGAUGCGGCGCUGGACAUUGCGAACGUUCCGGAGCUUGUCGUGGAUGCCUCGGAUUACCACGAGAACGCCAUCGACUCCGACGACGAGUGA